CAAGCCGAGCUCCACAGUUGAUCCAAGGCGACUACGAUGGCAUCAGCGACGAUCACACGGAUUCUGCCAGCAGUGACGCUGCUGGCGCUGCUGCUCCAUGGCAGCUAUGCUGCCGACGAGGAGCCCAUCUAUCGCUUGUGCGUGCCCCAAAUCUAUUUCAGUGAUUGCCAGAAGCUGCUCGCCGAUCCCUCGGAGGCGGGCAUUCGCAUGGAGUGCGUUGCUGGACGGGAUCGUGUCGAGUGCCUCGAACUGAUCGAGCAGCGCAAGGCCGAUGUGCUGGCCAGCGAGCCAGAGGACAUGUACAUGGCCUAUCAUCGCAAGAACGAGGACUAUCGCGUCAUCUCCGAGAUACGCACCCAGGACGACAAGGACGCCGACUUCCGCUAUGAGGGCAUUAUCCUGGUGAAGAAAUCGUCGGCGAUUCACUCGCUGAAGGAGCUGCGUGGCGCCAAGUCGUGCCACACCGGCUUCGGUCGCAACGUGGGCUACAGGAUUCCGAUUACCAAGCUGAAGAAUACGAAUGUGCUGAAGGUCUCGGCCGAUCCGCAGAUCUCGGCCACGGAGCGUGAGCUGAAGUCUCUGUCGGAGUUCUUCUCGCAGUCGUGCCUGGUGGGCAACUACUCGGCGCAUCCGGACACGGACCGUCUGCUCAAGAAGAAGUACGCCAACCUGUGCGCCCUGUGUGAGAAGCCAGCUCAGUGCAACUAUCCGGACAAGUACAGUGGCUACGAUGGCGCCAUCCGCUGCCUGGACAAGGGCCAGGGCGAGGUCGCCUUCACCAAGGUGCAGUACAUCAAGAAAUACUUCGGCCUGACCGGCGACGCGACCGCCCCAGCAGCCGAGGGCAAGCCCGAGGACUUUGAGUAUCUGUGCGAGGAUGGCACACGUCGCCCUGUCACCGGACCGGCCUGUUCCUGGGCCCAGCGCCCCUGGAGCGGCUACAUAUCGAACGAGCAGGCUGUGCACGGCACCGAGAAGCUUCAUCAGCUGCAGUCGCGCCUCGAGCGCUUCUUUAACAAUGGGCUGCACGCCGACAACCAGGCGGCGGCCGCCCACCUGCUCAUCCAGCCGAAUGCCGUCUACCACAGCAAGCAGGAGGCCAUCGAUCCCAAGGUCUAUCUGGAGCGUGCCGGCUACAAGGAUGUGAUUGAGCGCGAUGGCAGUGCCAUUCGCAAGCUGCGCCUCUGCGCCCAGCGCGACGCCGAGUUCUCCAAGUGCCAGGCGCUUCAUCGUGCCGCCUACGCUCGCGAUGCUCGCCCAGAGCUGGAGUGCGUCCAAUCCACCGACUGCAUCGAGGCGCUGGCCAACAACAAGGCCGACAUGCUGGUGGCUACCGCUGCCAGCUAUGCCGAUGCACGGGAGCACAAGCUCUUGCCGCUGGUCUUCGAGAAGCUGAGGCCCGAGGAGCUGCUCGUGGCCGUUGCCCCGCCCACUAUCAGCCGCGACGACUUGCAGAAGGCGCCCAUUCACUUUGAUGCCACCAGCGAGCGCGCUCGCCUGAGCGCCGCCUUGUUGAACAAGCGCCGCAGCCUGGAUUGGUGCAAGAUCGAGCCGAGCACGGAGCAGCAGCUGCUGAUCGUGCCCGCCAAGCAGCUGGAGCAGCACAAGGACUGGCAGCUAGUCUGCCCCACCCUGGAGCGUCGUCCCGUCACCGACUUCACCAGCUGCAACGUGGAGGUGCAGCUGCCGCGCGCGAUCUUCGCCCGCGCCGACACCACGCCCGUCGAGCAGGAGACCAUCAAGCAUCUGUUCGCCCUCAUCUCGGACCGCUUCGGCGCCCACGGCAAGUUCGUCGAUGUCUUCGCCCUCUUUGGCGAGUACCAGAAGGGCGAGCAGAAUGUGCUCUUUGACGACAAUGCUGGCGAGCUGGUCACGAAGCUGGAGAGCGACUACCAGAACGAGGCCAUCUACAAUGACCUACGCUGCGAUGCCAACAAGAUUGCCAAGCAGUAAUCCAAGCGCCGUGGCAUCUGCAUAUGCAGCCAUUAUCAACUAUAGCACUAUAAAGCAUCGUUUUUUUUUUCCUAAAUAUAUACGA